UUUCUAAUGAUAUAUAUUCUGAACAUCCGGACCGGCCUAAACAGUCUUGGUGAACAAUCUGGAGCGAAGAGAGGGGCAGCCGUACUUGUGCAGUGCGACUCUGACAUGGCCACCUCCGCAGCCGCCACGGAAGGCGUCGCAGCAGCUUUCCGGUCCGUGCUUCGACGUGCCCAUCUAGCCGCUGAGCGCUCCGGUCGUGGGUCCGACCGUGUCCGAGUGGUGGCUGUGAGCAAGACCAAAUCGGUCUCUCUUAUCCGCCAAGUCUACGAUGCCGGGCAUCGGUGCUUCGGGGAAAAUUACGUUCAAGAGCUCAUCGAGAAAGCUCCUCAGCUUCCAGACGAUAUCGAGUGGCAUUUCAUUGGGAAUUUGCAAAGCAACAAGGCCAAGCCUCUUCUGGCUGGUGUACCAAGCCUUGCAAUGGUCGAGAGUGUAGAUGACGUGAAGAUUGCAAAUCAUCUUGAUCGUGCUGUUGCAAGCAUUGGGAGAAAACCUUUGAAGGUCAUGGUCCAAGUAAAUACUAGCGGAGAAACAUCAAAAUUUGGUGUUGAGCCCUCUGGGUGUGUGGAACUUGUAAAGCAUGUUAGUCUGAGCUGCCCAAACCUUGAGUUCUGUGGGCUAAUGACAAUUGGUAUGCUCGAUUAUUCAUCGACCCCAGAAAACUUUAAGACAUUAUCAAACUGCAGAACUGAGGUUUGCAAAACACUUGACAUACCAGAAGAGCAAUGCGAGCUUUCAAUGGGAAUGUCUGCGGACUUUGAGCAAGCUAUUGAAAUGGGCAGUACAAAUGUGAGAGUCGGAUCCACAAUAUUUGGAGCAAGGGAAUACCCAACAAAGCAGGUUCAAACUUGAAGAAUUACGGGAACUAUGGGUCUUAAACCCCAGAAUUGUAGACUUUUAUGUUAAUGAUCUUAUGCUGCUGUUCUCUUUGUAACUUGAAUAUAUCAAUUCAACUGUAAUAAACAUUCCUUACGAGCGAGCAUGGCUGCUAAAGAGCUGUUACAUC